UUACGGCUGUGCCACUCCCCCGCAUCGCGCGGUUGUGCUUUUGCAAUCCGUAGACGCAGAGCAUCUUCUUCGUCUUCCUCUCUUACUGGACUAAGCACUAAGCAGCUCCGGUAGGUGAAAAUGUGUUACUCUCUCUCUUUACAAUCGUCAAUAGACUUCCACAAUCGCAACGCCCUAAAAAUCCAUGGAGAUCGAACAAUUUUGACUUCGAGCUUAGCUAAACUGGGAUUUUCGGCGUUACCAGAGCGAUAUCGUCGGGGAAGGUUGUUCCUCUGCCGCGAGAGAGGCUUGGGCUCAUUGAGAUUCGGCGGACACUCUACCGUGGAUCUAUGUGGCAUUCCGCGUCAUCGAAGAAGAGUGCAUUGCAGCGAUGCUCGCCGUACGCCGGAUGAUCGGCACGACGCGGCGGAGGUGACAGCGACGGCGCAACCUGAUUUUUCGGAAUUUAUAACUUCGGAGAGGGUGAAAGUGGUCGCGAUGCUCGCGCUUGCCCUGGCGCUAUGCAACGCGGACCGUGUUGUAAUGUCCGUCGCGAUUGUACCUCUUUCACUUUCUCGUGGCUGGAGCAAGUCAUUUUCCGGGAUCGUUCAGUCAUCGUUCCUAUGGGGUUACCUAAUUUCACCAAUAGCUGGCGGAACAUUGGUGGACCGCUAUGGUGGCAAGGUAGUCAUGGCGUGGGGAGUUGCUUUGUGGUCGUUGGCAACAUUUCUUACCCCUUGGGCUGCUGAUACUUCUCUUUGGGCUCUGCUUGCUGCAAGAGCUAUGGUUGGGGUUGCUGAAGGAGUGGCUCUCCCUUGCAUGAACAACAUGGUUGCGAGAUGGUUUCCUCCAACAGAACGUUCUAGGGCUGUUGGCAUUGCAAUGGCGGGGUUUCAGCUUGGGAAUGCAGUUGGGCUCUUGCUGUCUCCUAUUCUUAUGUCUCAAGGCGGUAUAUAUGGACCAUUUGUGAUUUUUGGGUUAUCCGGGUUCCUAUGGAUGCUCGUUUGGCUAUCUGCUACGUCAAGUGCACCGGAUCGGCAUCCUCAGAUUACAAAGUCUGAACUCGAGUACAUAUACCAGAAUAAGCAGCAAGCAUCUACUAGGGAGAGCAGACGAAACAACACAAGCGUAAUCCCUCCUUUUAGACGGCUGCUCUCCAAGAUGCCGACUUGGGCUGUUAUAGUUGGAAAUUCUAUGCAUAGCUGGGGGUUUUUUGUGCUUCUUUCAUGGAUGCCGAUCUACUUCAAUUCAAUAUAUCAUGUGAACCUCAAACAAGCUGCUUGGUUCAGUGCCGUUCCAUGGAGUAUGAUGGCUUUCACAGGAUACAUUGCUGGUUUUUGGUCGGACUUGUUGAUACGGCGUGGUACAAGCAUCACUAUGACGCGAAAACUCAUGCAGUCCAUUGGUUUCAUUGGUCCUGGGAUUGCUCUCAUAGGUCUAACCACAGCAAAACGGCCUCUAGUAGCAUCUGCCUGGCUAAGUUUAGCUGUUGGGCUUAAAUCAUUCAGCCACUUGGGGUUUCUUAUCAAUCUUCAGGAAAUUGCUCCAGAAUAUUCCGGUGUUCUACAUGGAAUGUGUCUUACAGCUGGGACUUUGGCUGCAAUAGUUGGUACAGUUGGAGCUGGUUUCUUUGUAGAACUAUUGGGCUCCUUCCAAGGAUUCAUCCUUCUUACAGCAAUUUUAUAUCUCCUCUCUGCUCUCUUUUUCAACAUAUAUUCAACUGGAGAAAGAGUCGAUUUUGACACACCAGCUUGAAGGAUCACAAAUCCACAUGAUAGAUGGAUCAGCCCAAGUGGAGAAGCUAUAACUCUAAAUAGAAUCAGCUUCUCUUCUCCUAGUAAAUAUCAGUAAAAAAGAUAUAUCGGUCUUGUAUAGAGACUCUUUGAUAAAUAAAAUAAUAUGUAGCGAAACUAGCAAUGUUUCAA